AUGGUGACUUUACGAAAUUCGUGGAUUGGAUUGAAUUCCGUCGCCUGGAUAUUGGGCAUUGCAUUUCUGGUGUUCAGCUUGAUAGCGCUCUCGUCUACCGAGUGGAUGACUUUGCAUGUCGGGUGUCAACUGACCGUGACCCACUAUGUGCAACGGACACGAACUCGAGGUGUAUGGCACUGUGGUGGUGGUGAUGAUGUUGGUGGUUGUGAUGGUGGUGAUGGUGGUUGUGGUGAUGGUGGUGCUGGUGGUGAUGGUGGUGGUGGUGAUGGUGGUGGUGAUGGUGGUGUUGGUGGUGAUGGUGUUGAUGGUGAUGGUGUUAGUGGCGAUGGUGAUGGUGGUGUUGGUGGUGAUGGUGUUAGUGGUGAUGGUGUUGGUGGUGUUGGUGGUGAUGGUGAUGGUGUUUGUGGUGAUGGUGAUGGUGGUUGUGGUGGUGUUGCUGGUGAUAGUGUUGGUGGUGAUGGUGUUGGUGGUGAUGGUGGUGUUGGUGGUGAUAGUGGUGUUGGUGGUGGUGGUGAUGAUGGUGUUGGUGGUGAUGAUGGUGGUGGUGAUGGUGGUGUUGGUGGUGAUGGUGGU